ACCCUAAACCCUCGAGAAGCUGACAACCGAAACCUUGCUGCAAAACUUUUAAGCUUCUUUGCUCAACCAUAAUUCGCCAAAACGGGUCUACCUGUGUGGAUGCUUGGGUUGGGUGCGGAUCGGUUGCGUGCCGAUAUGAACCGUUUACUUGCAUUACUCUUCCAUCAGGGAGUGCUGGAUGAGCAGUUCUUGCAGCUCCAGCAACUUCAAGAUGAAAGCUCCCCGAAUUUUGUAUCAGAAGUUGUGAAUAUUUACUUCCAUGAGUCGGAGAAGCUGCUCAGGAAUCUCAGAGGAUUACUGAUGGAUAGAGAGUGCUCGGACUACAAGAAAAUAGGAACCCAUUUAAAUCAGUUCAUGGGAAGCAGCUCUAGUAUUGGUGCUAAAAGAAUCAGAAAUGUUUGCGUCGCUUUUCGCGCCGCUUCCGAGCAGAACAACCGAGCUGGGUGCUUGAGAGCAUUGGAGUUGCUAGAGCACGAGUACUGCUACCUCAAGAACAAGAUGCACGAACUGUUCCAGCUUGAGCAGCAGAGACUAUUAGCAGCUGGGGUGAGAUACCCAAUGCAGAAUUGAACCAAAACUAUGAGUCUUUCAUCUAUUUGGCCACUAUCUUCAUCUGGGUUUUUGCUGAAAACCAAGCUAACCUACAAGGCUUACUGUUGUCUUGCUGCUUGUCUGCCACGUGUAGAGAAUGGAAAAGCGGCUACUGUUACUUGUUUUCAAUGUAGAGUAAAUUCUUUUUUUUCCUUUGGAGAAUUUUUGUCAGGUUGUAAGUUUGAAUGAAAAUGAUCCAGCUAGUUGAAAAUUAAAGUUCUGAUUCUGAUAUCAAUCCUUUCUUCUUGUUAGCGGUAAGUGUUAUGGUUUCAGCUUUUUAUAGCUGGCUUAAUCAGUGCUUCUCUUUAUAAAACUUCUGUAACUUUUAACAGCUGCGAGUCUGUGAGCUGUGCCGUCGGAAUAUAUAUCAGAGUCCAAAUCAAGCAACAACUUUUUCAGUCUUAACAUGUCAAAGAUCAUCAAUCACUCAAUCUAUUAUUGAUUUUUC